CGUUUUUUGUUAUGUAGUGUUUGGUUGCAAUUACUACCAUAUGAUUCACAUGGAAAAAUUCAAAUGAAAGCGGGAUCUCUAACAACUUGAAAAUGCCACGACGGAAAGUGACAAGAGCUGCCAAAACUAGAAAAACAUCAAGGGUGUCUGAUGGCAAUGACUUGGAAAUCUCCAAUAAAGCAGAGCGAGAAAAGUUAGAGACUUAUCUUCAAGACUUUGACACAAGGGUUGAACGUAAAUUACAGAAGUUUGAGCAGAUUCGGUCAAAUCUAUUCCAUCAACUAAGAUCACUACAUCAAACAGAAAAACUCAAUCUUGGAAAAACAGUUCUGGAAAUGACACUACUGGACUAUGCAGCAAAAAUAGCAGAAUGUGAAACUGAAAUAGAAAAAGAAAAUGUUGACACCGAUGAUGCAGAAGUUGAGGAGGAAGAUGAGCUUUUUCCUGAUGUUCCUGCAAAUCUCAGAAGACAUUUUUCCCGAGCUAAAACAUCACAUCUGAGUGUUCAAGAUACCAUCAUGGAAGAUGAUGUAUUCACAGAGAAUGCUAACAGAACAAAUAAGAAACCCAUACCAGAUUCAGGAUAUAAGAGAUUUGCAUCUGUCAAAAAGUGUAUGCCUCCCCCAUCCCCAAGCAUGCCAUUCAAAAGUCGAAUCUUGGGAUCAGCACAGAAAAAAUUUCAGACCCCAGCAAAUCGUACUUUGGCUGAUGCAGGAUGGUCAAACACACCACUAGUCACCCCCAAAUUUGAUCCAAGGGUCCCUUUGACCCCAGCAGGCGCCCGGAGAGCCAAACCUGGAGAAAUUCUGAUGUCCCUGGAUGGAAGUCCAGUGCACAGUAACAGCCACAGCAGAGCUUACAGUUUCAAUGUCAAACAAAAAAGAAAUACGGUCACAUUGGAUAUUCAGCUACCGGAGGAAACAGAAAAAUCAGAAAUUGAAUCGCUUCCACAUGAAGAAAAAUUGACAAAAAUGAUAAGUGUCUUAUCACAAGCAUUGAAAGAUGCAAAGUCCGGCCAGUGAACUUAGUAAACUGACUCUGUGAUGUUUUAAACAUUUUGAUGAUUAUUCCUGGUCGUGUUUAUGGCCUGGUAUAUGGUGUUUUAGUGUCUGUCAUGUCUGUCCUGCAUCCAUCUGUCUUCUCUCUCUCUGUCACCCUUUCAUUUAGAACAGAAAACAGCUCUAAUCCAAAUGAAUUGUGGAUUUUAUUUCAAUAAGACAUAAUAUGAAAAUACAUAUAUGACAUUGGACAUUGGCUUUACUUUUUCUUAUUUCAUAUUUAGAUUAGUUUCUAGGACACUUUUCGUGAUUUUUUUUUUAAAUAAAACUUCAUGCCAAGCUAUAUUGGAGAGCUGUUCAACCUUGACAUUAAAUUUAACCUUGACCUUUCUUGCUACAUUGACUUUACUCUUUUAUAUGAAAGGUGUAAAAAGUGUAAAAGGUAUUUUUACCAAACUUUAUUUGACUAAGGAAAAUGGGAAAUAAAAGAUAAAUGUAUUUUGACACCAAAAAUUUAUUAUCAAUAUGGAAUUGUGUAAAGCUACAUGCUGUUUCUAUGUUGAAAUAAAAAUGUGCCAGUAGGCAGGACAUUCAUGUACUAUGAACAUAUUAUCAGUUAUAUAUAUACUCUGUGAGUUGCAGUUGUUUUUACUUAGGUUCAUUUUUUAAACAUGCCUUCAAUGGAGGAUCAUUUGUUGAUUUUUAUCUUGUUGUGAUUGGAAAUUCCAUACCCUCCAUCUUUUCAUAAUAAAUACAAUUAACACAUAAGAAAUGCAAUAAAAUGCAAAUUCAUCUGCAAUGGUUUGUUUUUUUUAUAAUUUGAGUUUUAUUUCUUGUUGGAAAUGUUCUUUUUCCUAUCAUGAACUCUGUUUUUAAUAUGCAUCUUUUUUCACUCGUACAAUACAAAUAUGCUGUACCCAUAAAUUACUAUAAAGAGUGUUUGAAUAGAUUACUUUUUUCUAUUUUGAAUUCAAAAUGGUUCAUGAAUAUGCAAAUUUUUCAUGCGCAAAAGGGUAUUUUUGAAUUGCUGUAAUACAUGUAACAAAAGAAUCGGACAAUUCUUAUAUAAACUUGAUACACUUCAUGAGAAAACAUUUUUAACUCAUUUAAUUAAAAUUAUUUUCAAUCAUUCAACAUCUCAAAUUUAAUACUUUUUUUCAGAGAAUAAUAGGGAAAUACAUACCAAUAAUUUUUAGUAUGUCAUAGUUACAUGUAUAUCUGUCAUAACAGUAUACAUAUAUGAAUAAUGAACAGACUUGAGCCUUUUUAGUUCUGACAAUAAGUAUAAUCAUCAAAAGUUGUCAUCGAAGUGCAGUUGAUUUUCUCUAUCAACUGAUGUUUUCAAAAUAUUCCUGAAUUCAACAGAUUUUUUGAAAACUUUUGUGUUCAUUUUGUUGGAUAUUUUUUAAUACAGGUAAUAUGAAUUGUAUGUUUCAUUGUAGCAAUUUGUUUAUGAUACCCUCCUUUAAUUAUAUUUCAUGGAGAUUCAGUGAGAUAAUAUAUGGGUGAAAAUGAAUUUUAAGAAACUCAAUUUCGAAAGUACAAAAAAAAGAAAAGAAUAUCAUUUUCUGUUGAACGUGACUAGAAUAAUUAAAUUGGUCAUAUGCAUUUGGUUGCGCAAGCCUAAUUAUUUAUAGGUCAUGUUUAAUUACUUUAUUAUGACUUAUUUGUAUAACGUAUUGAAAAAAGAAAUAUAAGUAUGUUCUAGUACAAUAAAAAAUAAGUAGAGAUCAAUA